AUGUUGGGAAUGUAUCCGUGCCACCACUCGAUUUGCACUAGUGCUUUGGAUGAUCCAGUUCGAACUAGGGAAGCCAUUCCCUGGGAUGAAUGCAGUCAAUACAUGCAUGUACAAAAGAAGCAGACUUCUGGGAAGGAUUCCGUGCUGGACUCUUCAAUUGAUCAGUAUCCACACUUACAUGUUUAUGUAGAUGGAUUAGUAACUACAGCGGGCAAAAAAGCUAUAAACAUCCAAGAUGCUAAAUCUCCUGAAAAAGCUUCAAACAUCCAGGACCAGGAUGCCAAAUCUCCUGAUAUAACUGUUCCUGUUAGAAGAUUCCUAAAUGAGAUUUCACAACAAAAAAGCAUAUCAAUGUGGUUCCUUGCUUUCAUUGCCAUCGAAUCAAGUUGGCCACUAUUUUCUUAUAGUGAUCCCUUUGUGUUGCUUAAAGAAGAAGUAUCACGAAAUGUUGGUGGUAGUGUUAGUGAAAGGUCUACAAUUGAUGGGUUGGGGAUAGAAGAAGUAUCACGAAAUGUUGGUGGUGGUGUUAGUGAAAGGUCUACAAUUGAUGGGUUGGGGAUAGGUUUUUCUUAUAGUGAUCCCUCUAUGUUGCUUAAAGAAGAAGUAUCACGAAAUGGUGGUGGUGGUGUUAGUGAAAGGUCUACAAUUGAUGGGUUGGGGAUUGGUGUCUUUUCUUAUAGUGAUCCCUUUGUGUUGCUUAAAGAAGAAGUAUCACGAAAUGGUGGUGGUGGUGUUAGUGAAAGGUCUAUAAUUGAUGGGUUGGGGAUAGGUGUCACCACCUAA